GGAAGCCAGGAUUUCUGACAUCCCAGUCCCAAGCCCGCUGCUUCCCGAGAAAGAGGCGGCAAACUCCACCCAGCUCUUUCCUGCAGAAACGCACUGGGACGCAGACACCGCCAGGCCGCAUCUCCUGGGCGCUGCAGGUGGAGGCAGGAAAUAACCGCUAUUCUCAUCUUGCAAUACUCACUCAAGCAUUCAACAACUAUUGAGCACCUACUAUGUGUUCUUACUGGGCGUGGAGAACCAAAGAAAACUAAAAGCUCCGAAUUCAGCAAGCUCAUCUUUCUAGAGGCAAACAGGAGAAAAAACAAGUAACAGAGGAUACGGAAGACGGGGUCAUUCAUGUCUGACUCUGAAGAGGAGUGUGUGGAAGUUGGAUGUAAAAGCCUGAUUGGAGAAUAUUCAAGAGAGAAUGAGGGGAGAAAAAUCACCAACAGGCAAGCAACAAAUACAGAUAACUCUUUAGAGGAAUAUCUUUUUAUACAGAAACAACCAGCUAUGCCUUGGGAUCAAAAUCCUGAACAAUCGAAUGGAAAAUAUAGUGAAGAUGAACAAAAGGGAAAGCAGAAGUCAACAGAAGGAGGGGGAGAAGCUGGCGGAAAGAGAGAGCAACAAAAAGAAGAGGAAACUGAAAAGGACCUGGACAAUGAACAGGAAGUAAAAAGGAAAGUGGAAAAUGAGAAACAGAAACAGUAUUCCAAGACAAGAUUAGUCAGCAAAUCCCUCAUGGACACUCUCUGGGCAAAGUUUAAGUUAAACAGGUGCCCCACAAUACAAGAGAGUCUGUCACUCUCAUUUGAAUUUGGCAUGACACAUAAGCAGAUAAGUCAAUGGUUCUAUAAAAAGAGGAAGAAAUAUAAUAAAGAAAUGUCCAAGAGAAAGCAUAAGAAAAAACAUAUGAGAUGGGGUCUCUGUGUUGCCGAGGCUGGUUUUGAACUCCUGCCCUCAAGCAGUCUUCCCACCUUGGCCUCCAGAAAUGCUGUGAUUACAAGCAGGAGCCGUUGCCCCUGGCUAAGGAGUUUUAUAUGACACCAUUCUUACCAAUGAAUGGAAUUCUGUAAGGAUAAACAAGAAAAUAUUAAAAAUUGUUAAUUCUGUGGAGUAGAACUAAAUGAGGGGAGUACAAAGGAGUUUUUAUACAUUUUAUUUUUACUCUACUGUACGUAGGGUAAAAUGGAUGUUAACUGAUGUUAUUUAAGAAAAAAAAAAAUCAAUAAAGAAAUUACCAACCU